CCCGCGCCGCCAUAUUGAGCCGCCGCCGCCGCCAGCGCGGCCGCCCCGGGACCGGCCCGCUCCCCAUGACUGCCCCCGGCCGGGGCGCGUAGGGCGGAGCGGCUCCAGCCCGGCCCGUCCCCUCCCCUCCCCGAGCCGCCGCCGAGCUCCGCUCUCUCCCCGCCACCAUGACUUCCCUGACCCAGCGCAGCUCCGGGCUGGUGCAGCGCCGGACCGAGGCCUCCCGCAGCGCCGCCGCCGCCGAUAAGGAGCGGGGCGCCGGCGGCGGCCCCGAGGAUGAAGGGCGCCGGGACGAGUCCGGCGACGACGAGAAGGGCGAUUCCAAGGAAACGCGGCUUACCCUCAUGGAGGAGGUGCUGCUGCUGGGCCUCAAGGACCGUGAGGGUUACACAUCGUUCUGGAAUGAUUGCAUCUCCUCAGGAUUGCGAGGCUGUAUGUUAAUUGAAUUGGCAUUGCGGGGGCGUCUCCAGCUGGAGGCCUGUGGAAUGAGGCGCAAAAGUCUGCUAACAAGAAAGGUGAUUUGCAAGUCAGAUGCUCCUACAGGGGAUGUUCUGCUUGAUGAAGCUCUGAAACACAUAAAAGAGACCCAGCCUCCUGAAACAGUACAAAAUUGGAUUGAACUGCUUAGUGGUGAAACAUGGAACCCACUGAAGUUGCACUACCAACUACGAAAUGUCCGUGAGCGGUUAGCUAAAAAUCUAGUGGAAAAAGGUGUACUGACAACAGAGAAACAGAACUUCCUUCUUUUUGACAUGACUACGCACCCUCUCACCAACAACAACAUCAAACAGCGCCUCAUCAAGAAGGUUCAGGAGGCAGUUCUUGACAAGUGGGUGAAUGACCCCCACCGCAUGGACAAGCGCUUGCUGGCGCUCGUGUAUUUAGCCCAUGCCUCAGACGUCCUGGAGAACGCUUUUGCCCCCCUCCUGGAUGAGCAGUAUGAUUUAGCCACAAAGAGAGUGCGGCAGCUCCUGGAUUUAGACCCUGAGGUUGAAUGUAUGAAAACCAACACGAAUGAAGUUCUGUGGGCUGUUGUAGCAGCUUUCACAAAGUAACUGCAUUCAGACUGAAGUGUUCUCUCUUCUUUCAUGUAAACCAGUUUUUUCUCUUUUAUUGACUAUUCAUGUUUUCUGUAAUUUGUACCUUCUCACAUGAUGAAUCAGCUUUUGUUUAAUGGGAAUGAUAAGUGGUGUAUUCCCUACUUCUCUAUCUGUAUACAGGAUUCUGCUGGUACAAGAGACUUUCCUGUUUAAAACAACAGAAGAAGGGCGAACUGCCAUAUUGGCAUUCCAUUUCCUAUUAGUUUGAGUUACCUUAAACACUUGGUUUAAUUUUUCACCUCAUUGUUAUUGAAGUGGUUUGUCACCAAAGCUCCAUGUUGAAGUGUCUGUCAAGACAUUUUAUACACAGAUAUUUUCAAUUACAUAUACAAAAUGACUUAAAAAGCUGAAAUGCCAUUAAGCAGCUUUGUCAAUAGUUCCUGUAAAAUGCCCCAUAAAUUUUAAUUUUCUUGCAGGUCUCUUGUGUACUUAUAUUUUCAUUAGAAUGAUAGCUGAGUCAUAAGGCUAGUAUAGAAAGGUCCAAUUGUUUCAUAAACCAGUUUUGGGAGGGGAUACAUUCCAUUAUAUUGUGUAUAUAUAGUUCAAAUUGUAUAUUAACAACUGUCCCAUCUUAGUAUUUUGCAAGAUCUACUUACUUGUACACCUGGUGCCCCUUAUUUGCUGUCAGCCAUUGCCAUCUGAUGCAAAAGGCCUCCUGCAGAGGUCCAGUGUGUGAAAGCUGUUUGUUUCCAGAGUCUCUGGAGUUUGCCAUCCAGGUAUUCUCAGUCUAUGCAUUGCCUUUGAAAAUUAGUGAAUGAAAGAGACUGCUUUCUAUCAUUGGUACUUUUUUCUUUCCCUCCACUUCUGUAUGGAAAAGACUCAUGACCAGUACAAUUCUUGAGUGCAGUUUUUGGUUUUGUACACAAAUUAAUGUUUGUCUCAUAAACCUUGAACUAUUUUACACUUCAAAAACAAAAAGUCAGUCCUAGCAGGUGUUGCAUGUAAAUCGUUAGCAAGUAAUGGCAGCAGUUCAGAGAAUUCAGAUUUCUGUAAUGGGAUGCUCUGCUAUAUUUUACUUUUUAUAUAUACAAUUAUGCUGAUUAGCACACUAUUGUAAAAUAACCCAAAACCUAUAUAAAACCCUGGCUUUUUAAAAUUUUUUGUCUCUUUGCCGCUGCUUGUUAUUUCCCAUUGGUUUCACAGUGUAAAUAUUAUGCAUUGAAAAAAUUAAGCAUUGAUUUCUAUACUUUUUUCAUCAUACCAAUGCUGAUUUAUAGUGGGGCUUACAGGUGUUUAGAAACUUUUGGUUAAUAUUCAGAACAAGAAUACUAGAUGGUGUAUAACUGUAGAGUUGAAAUUUAAGAGAUCCCUUAAUCUGUAUACUAGCUUUUUACCUACAGUAAAUAAACUAUGAUCUUGAAAGUGCCUGAAA